AUGGCAACGCCGAGCUACAGCCGGGACAUUUGCGCCAUCUACAGACUGAGCGCAAUCAGAGUCUGCUGCGCAUUCAGAACAGUCUCUGACAACGCAGUGCUCGUCAUAGCCAGCAUGGUGCCUCUGGAGGACUUAGUCGCCGAUGCCAUUCUAUCGGGACAUGGAUGCUUUCGGAGUUACUUGAAGCGCUUUGGCCACGCCAACCACGUCUUAUUCGAAUGUGGACGCUUCCUAGAGAAGAGGCGUUGUCUGGAAGAAGCAUUGGGCCGCUCCAUUAGAGCGGACAACAUGGUCAGCGUGAUGUUGGAAGCGGAGGCAGCUUGGAAACUUAUAAGCACCUUCGCGACCACAAUCAUGAUGGAGCUUCGCAGAAUCGAUCGAAGACGAGCUGUCCCAAGCUAA